AUGGGAAGUAAAAGAGAAGAAGAGAGGAACGAGAAGAUUAUUCGUGGUCUUAUGAAGCUUCCGCCGAAUCGUCGUUGUAUCAACUGCAAUAGCCUUGGUCCUCAAUAUGUUUGCACGACUUUCUGGACUUUCGUAUGCAUGGCUUGUAGCGGUAUACAUCGUGAAUUUACUCAUCGUGUGAAGUCUGUAUCGAUGUCAAAGUUUACUUCUCAAGAAGUUGAAGUACUUCAAACUGGUGGUAAUCAGCGUGCCCGAGAAAUAUAUUUGACAAACUGGGACUAUCAACGGCAGAGACUUCCAGACAACAGUAAUGCUGAGAGAGUUCGCGAAUUUAUCAAAAAUGUGUAUGUGCAAAAGAAAUAUGCUGGAGCAAGCGUUACAGACAAGCCUCCUAAAGAUAGUCAGAACCAUGGUAGUUCUGAAGAUGUGACUCGACGGGCCAACUCAUAUCAUUCUUACUCCCAAAGCCCUCCUUACGAUUACCAGUAUGAAGAGCGCCGUUAUGGAAAAAUACCCUUCGGAUUGACCGGCAAGUCUGCUUCAGUAAAAGGUCUUCAUUCAAAAGCCUCUAGUUUUGUUUACAGCCCUGGACGCUUUAGUGAUCAUACGUUUGAAGACCAAUUUGCAAAUGAGGGCUCUGCUCCAAGGGCUUCAGAUUUUUCUGUGUUAAGUGGAGGAGAUCCUUUCAGGUCUGGAAUACAAUCCCCAAAUUUCCAGCAGGAAGCUGGAUUUCGUAGUCCCCAGUUUCAGCAUUCAAAUGCCCUUCCAAGUGAAAACUUUCCAGGCAGGCAACAUCAGAGAACUACAUCUUCGGGGAGUGUCAGAUCGGUUGACAGUAAUUCCACGUCUAUCAAGUCAUAUACCUCAAGUAGUUUAGGGGAAGGCAUAUCUCAAAAUACAGGAAGCCAGCAAGAUAAAACAUCUACUCCUGUUCUUUCAGUAGCAGAGUCGACAAACGCUCCUAUUGAUUUGUUUCAGUUGCCAGGAGCGCCAACGGCUCAAUCAGUCAAUACAUUUCAACCUUCAACAGGAGCCCGAUCUCCACCUGUGAAUUUUCAUCAACCUCCACAGGCAUACUCACCCACCCCGACAGAUUUAUUUGCUGGAAAUUCAAGUCAACAACCCACUUCAAGACCACCAGACUUCUCUGCGCCUAAGAAUGAAGGAUGGGCUUCUUUUGACAAUCCCAUGCCUGCUGCAAAAUCUACAAACGUUAUCACCUCCUCUGGAGUUCCCGAGUUGGAAGUGAAAAAUGAAGGAAUCCCGCAGCCUAGCAUAAGUAUGCAAUGGCCACCUUAUCCAUCAUUUGUGGACCAACAUGCUUUGUCUGUAACAAGUCCUUGGCAGGAUGAUCUCUCAAAUGUUUUUAAAAAUGUUGCUGAUAACCAGCAGCCAUGGAAUGCCUUUCCGGACUCUAUCGCGGCCAAUCCUUUGGACAGUACUAAGCAUAUUCUCCAACAUGGAGCAAGUACUUCGUCAUCUAACAUUGAUCAACAGCAUUUUGAACCACAAGUUAUAGAGGAAUUAAGCAAUGAUGGCACCCAAAUACCAGCUGGCUCUUUGAGUUUUGGUUUUCCAGGGAACAUUGUUAUGGCACCAGCAUACUCCCCUCAUAUGGUUCCAGAAGAUGCCUGGCAGCGCGUAAACGAACAAAAGUCUGCUAAUCCAUUUGAUCUCCCUUAUGAUUCUGAGUUCGACUCAAGUGACAUGUUCUUGGACAUGAGUCCGUUACAAGGGGCUCUGCCCGAUAUCCAGACACCACCAACCUUCCUUAAUGGUGUAUCACAACCAUGGCUCGCUGCAGAUUCUGUACCCUCUUACCUACCUACUCCUGCAGGAGCACAAGGUGGCUUAGCAUGCAUGGCAGGGCAAGCAACAACGAAUUCAGCAGCACAAGGCCCUGUUGCAUCUAGUGGAGGCAAUCCAUUUGCUUAG